GCAUCGGCCCCUCUAUCGCCAUUGCCCGCCCACUAACUCAGCUCUAAAAGUCUAGCGAUCUUAAGCGUAGCCUCACCCAUGGUCCAAUGGAUGGAUGAAUGUGACUUUGUCUUCUCUUCUGUGUUAAUAGAGUUACAUAUAAACUUAAACUGGAUAGGGGAAUACUGUAUGCAGGCUGUCACUUUACAUAUUACUGCAUUCACUAUAAUCAUAGUACCAUACAACAGCAUCUCACGCAAACUCGAGGUGAAUUCCCUCGUCUCCCUUGUAGGCGGGGAUCUGGAACGCCUCGCCUCUUCUAAACUCGCCCGCCUCGCACCUCUCUGUGGCUUGGGUGGUCUAGCCUGGGGGUUCCCUAGGGUCUGGGUAACGUUAGUUUAAGCUGCGCCCUCGGCCGCUCGGUAUCGUUCGACUGCCCGCAAACUCCGGUGAGAUAAUGCCGUUAGAUAUAAAGCGUAAUUGCGAAUUUAGCCAAAGUACUCAUCCUCCCGAAGUCCCCGGUAAAGGAGUGACGUUCUUCAGUGGGUUGUUGGUAGGCCCGUCUUUCGGGCAUCCUAGGGCGAACGAACCACUAGAACGGUACGUUUCGAGUCUGUCUAUGCGCUAGAAUCAUGAGGCGCCGAUAGCGUCUUGCCAGAUCGGAAAAGAGACCCUGUGGGUUCUCGAUAUUGGUUCCCAUGGCCUCGGGUUGCUUGCUUGGGCUCUGCAGAUUGUACCUUGUCUUUCUAGAAAACGAUUGAGUCGAAAGCUCAUGACAUGAAUGAGGCGAUCAACAUUGCAGUACUUCCUAUCCUGGUAACUCAUCAUUGUGCAAUGCCAAUGUGGGGAGAUGUCAGAACAGGGCCAUUUUGUUUGUGGAACGAUGAUUGACAACAUCCGAGUUACGGACUCGAAAAGACCCCAACUUUGUUCUGGAAGUGGCUUCGGGAUCUAAUACCGAGCCCGGUCAUCAUGAAGACCCAACUCUAAAACUCACUAAUUGAUCAAAUAUACUGAUGCCGCA